CCACUGCACGAUAAUACCGUUGUGAUCUAUCGUGAAUUUCAUUUCUGAAACUUUUGAGAUUUAUGAUGACCUGUCUUGAUGAAGUGUUUGGGCUUUUUGGUUAUUGUUUAUUUCCUGUGUGGGAUACUCUACCGAAAUUAAACUUGACGGGAAAUCUUUUUCUACCUCACCUGUGACCCAAAGAUAACACCAGAAGGCUGAAGAAAUGAAGAGCUUAAGUAUAAAAGGAGCGCGACGGCCGCGUGGUGGAGCGCCGCGGUGGGAGGGGUCAGCCUCGACAACCUCCGGCCUCUCCUGGGCGCCCUCCACGACACGCUGCCCCUCGAAGGCCCCGAGUCGCGAGCGGCGCCCGUCUCCGCCGCCGAUGUGGAGGAGGUCCUGCGGGAUGGUUACCUGAGGGCACAGGAACUCGCCUUCAGGGAGAAUGAACAAACUCUCAGGUCCCGGACGCCCCUACAGCAGCAGGAGCAGAGCACGAUGUUCCUCUUCUCCUUCAGGAGAGCAGAACCCGAGGCCAAGAGAGCGUCCUCGUGCAUAGGCCGUUCCUUACUCGAAGCUUCGAAAAUCUUCAUGAAAAGGUUCAACAUCACUGCCGAAGACGCUGCCAUUUCCCUCUCACGACUGAACACGGCCAUGGACAAAGAGAACUGCCGGAAGCUGACCCCCGUGGGCUGCGAGAUGCCAAGGUCAGGUCCCUCUUGCUCCGCGUGGCACCCCUACAGAACCAUCGAUGGCACCUGCAACAACCUCGGGCACCCGAAGUGGGGUUCUGCCAUGACGCCCUUCGUGAGGUACCUCGUGCCUGCCUAUGAGGAUGGUGUUGACUCCAUGCGCGGCGCCGGCAGGACAGGUGCGCGCGCCCUGCCCUCCCCUCGCGCAGUCAGCAGGAUGCUCCAGGGCGCCGAGAAACGCCCUCCGCUCCCUCAUGUCACCCUCAUGGUCAUGCAGUGGGGCCAGUUUCUUGACCAUGAUAUCGUCCACACACCUGAGUCUGCUGGUGCCAUCGAGAACAACAAGACCAUGCCGCUGACCUGCUGCAAGGACGGCAAGCCCUACCAUGACCUCUACGAUGCCCCUAAGGACUGCAAGCCCAUCGAUGUAUCCGACGAUCCCCUCUUCGGCCACUACUACAACAGGACCUGUAUGAGAUUCGUCAGGUCGCUCGUGGCCAGCAGAGGGUGCCUCUUUGGUCCCCGCGAACAAUUCAACCAAAACACAGCCUACAUCGACGCAUCGGCGGUGUACGGAUCGAGGGUGGAAAUCGCGGGAAAUCUGCGCACAUUUCGCGCUGGCCAAAUGAUCGUGACCAAGGGGGGAGGGAGGGGGAGUGGCCACCUCCUGCCGCAGGCCAAGUGCGGCCACAGCGACGGAUUCUGCUUCAAGGCAGGGGAUGAUCGCGUGAACGAACAGCCUGGACUGACUUCAAUGCACACACUAUGGCUGAGAGUCCACAACCACCUAGCUAGACAGCUGGCUUCCUUCAAUCCACACUGGGACGACGAAGUGAUCUACCAGGAAUCACGACGAGUGGUAUCGGCUCUCGUUCAGCAAAUAACGUACAGGGAGUUCUUGCCUGUCAUCCUCGGCGAGUCCAGAAUGCUAGAGUAUGACCUCUGGCCUAAGCAGAGCGGGUACUUGGAUUCCUAUGACCCGCAAGUGGAUGCUUCAAUUGCUAACGUCUUCGCGACUGCUGCCUAUAGAUUCGGCCACAGCCUCGUCAACGACAUCCUGCAGAGCGCGGGCGAGGCCGUGCCUCUCCUGGAGAACUUCAUGGACCCGCACCUCCUCCUCGAGAAGCGGACCACCGCCUCGGCCUUGCUCGAGGGCCUGGCCACCUCCCGCUCCCAGGCCCUCGACUCGUACCUGGUGCCGACGCUCACCAACAAGCUCUUCGCCAGCCCGCACGAGCCGCUUGGCCUCGACCUCAUGGCUCUGAACAUCCAGCGCGGGAGGGACCACGGUCUGCCGCCCUACAAUGACUGGAGAAAAGCCUGUCGUCUGCCACCAGUCACGACCUUCUACGAGCUGGCAACUGUCAUGGCACCGGAAGUGGCAGAUGGCUUCAGAAGCGUAUACCAGAAUGUCAGUGAGAUCGACGUGUUCCCUGCUGGCCUGGCGGAGCACGCUGUCCCGGGCGGCCUACUCGGACCGACCUUCUCCUGCAUCAUCGGCCAGCAGUUUGCCAGCCUCAGGGCGGGGGACAGGUUCUGGUAUGAGAAUCGACGCCAGCCCAAGCCCUUUACAGCAGAGCAACUCGCCUCUCUACGCAAGCUGAGUCUGGCAUCGUUAACGUGCGAGCAUACAUCACUGGAAUACCUUCAACCCAAUCCCUUCCUCUCUGCCGACACCACUGGGAAUAAACCUCGGCGGUGUGCCACGUAUCCGACUCUGAAUGCUAAACUCUGGAAGGAGGAAAAGAAGAAGCCAGAACCCGUGAGCGUGUGCAGGGGCGUGGGCGUCUGGAAGAUACUCCCGGGUAUAGACAAGUGGUGUACCCUCAACUGCCUGCAUCACAGUGUUUCUUUCUGUCCGCCUACGCAUUGUAAUUGUUACUGAACACUAGGCAUCACCAUCGAGUUUCCGUACCUUGUGAAUUUCGAAAUCAAAGAGCGAUGCUUGAAUUCGAAAUGUUUUAAACAGACUUUGGGCUUUCAAUUGGGCAUUAACUAAUGACUGAGUUUUUUCUCAUUAUUAUUACUGUGAAUUACCAUAACGCCUGGGGUGUUAGUAGCUUUUAUGGUAUUCUGGGGUGUAGGAGAAAAUCAGGACUCAAUAUUUUAUUGUGACUGCAUAUCAUAUCUAUAAUACAUUUCUUUAUAUACAUAGUAUGUGCAGAGGACUGUCAGAAGAGAAAAAAUCCUCAAAUAGUAGAUUAUCUGUUAUUAAUAUGAUGACGUAAUGUAAGAAAGAUCCUGAAGUUUUAGUUUGUGUUAUUAUAUGGUAUAAUAUAAAUAUUAUGAAGUGAUUGCUGACAUAUAUAUAUAUUGCAUGAGUAUCUCCUGAAUAGUCAUGUUUUCUUCAUAAUUAUACAUAGUUAUCAUGCACAAAAAAUUGGACUUGUUCACUGAUCCCGUGUUUGUUUUAGUAUAACGUGAAUUUUCGAAUAUUAGGUUUAUUUUGUGUGCCAAUAUUUGUGACCAACUAUUUAUGCAAUACAGAUUUUAACACC